UGCAGCCGCUCUUCUCACCCAGAAACCCCGUAGUGCAACACAGCAGCGCCAUUCGAUAACUGCAACACUAUCCAAAAUGGCAGGAGCUGAUGGAGACGACUCUCUCUACCCUAUCGCCGUUCUCAUUGAUGAACUGCGAAAUGAGGAUGUCCAGUUACGACUGAACAGCAUCAAGAAGCUGUCAACUAUUGCCUUGGCACUUGGUGUCGAGAGGACUCGCACUGAACUCCUUCCAUUCCUCACAGACACCAUCUAUGAUGAAGAUGAGGUCCUCUUGGCCCUGGCUGAGCAGCUUGGCAAUUUCACUAUGUUGGUGGGAGGCCCAGAGUAUGUCCACUGUCUCUUGCCACCUCUGGAGAGCCUUGCUACAGUUGAGGAGACCGUAGUCAGAGAUAAAGCUGUGGAAUCCCUGCGAAAGAUUUCUCAGGAGCAUUCUCCUGUUGACCUGGAGGUCCAUUUUGAGCCUUUGGUCAAGCGACUGGCCAGCGGUGACUGGUUCACUUCUCGCACAUCUGCCUGUGGUCUCUUUAGCGUCUGUUAUCCUCGUGUCUCCAGCACUGUCAAGGCAGAGAUCCGCCAGCAUUUCCGCACCUUGUGCUCAGAUGACACUCCUAUGGUGCGUCGUGCUGCAGCAUCCAAACUCGGGGAGUUUGCCAAAGUCCUUGAGCUGGAUUAUGUAAAAAGUGACAUAAUUUCCCUCUUCACCGCUUUAGCCUCUGAUGAGCAGGACUCAGUGCGGCUUCUUGCGGUUGAGGCUUGUGUCAGCAUUGCCACUCUGCUGCCUCAGGAGGACCUUGAGUCCCUGGUGAUGCCAACCCUCCGCCAGGCUGCAGAAGAUAAAUCCUGGAGGGUCCGCUACAUGGUGGCUGACAAGUUCUCUGAACUCCAGAAAGCAGUCGGGCCAGAGAUCACAAAGAACGAUCUGGUCCCGGCCUUCCAGAACCUUUUGAAGGACUGUGAAGCGGAGGUCCGCGCUGCUGCAGCCAACAAAGUCAAAGAGUUCUGCGAGAACCUGCCUGAGGAAAAUCGUGAGCAAAUCAUCAUGACUCACAUUCUGCCCUGUGUCAAGGAGCUCGUCUCAGACACCAAUCAGCACGUAAAGUCGGCUCUCGCCUCCGUCAUCAUGGGCCUUUCUACCAUCCUGGGAAAGGACAACACAAUAGAGCACUUGCUGCCUCUCUUCUUGGCUCAGCUCAAGGACGAGUGCCCCGAGGUGCGCCUCAACAUCAUCUCCAACCUAGACUGUGUGAACGAGGUGAUUGGCAUCCGUCAGCUCUCCCAGUCUCUGCUGCCCGCCAUCGUGGAGCUGGCGGAGGACGCAAAGUGGAGGGUUCGCCUCGCCAUCAUCGAGUACAUGCCUCUGUUGGCAGGCCAGCUGGGAGUAGAGUUCUUUGACGAGAAGCUCAACACCCUCUGUAUGGCCUGGCUCAUAGACCACGUGUACGCCAUCCGUGAGGCGGCCACCUGUAACCUGAUGAAGCUGGUGGAGAAGUUUGGAGCCGAGUGGGCGCAGAACACCAUCGUGCCCAAAGUCCUGGGCAUGGCCAACGACCCCAAUUACCUCCACAGAAUGACCACUCUGUUCUGCAUCAACGCUCUGUCCGAGGCGUGUGGCCAGGACAUCACCACCAAGCAGAUGCUGCCAGUGGUCCUCAAGAUGUCCAACGACCAGGUGGCUAACGUACGCUUCAACGUGGCCAAAUCCCUACAGAAGAUCGGCCCCGUGCUCGACAGCAAUGCCCUUCAAACAGAGGUGAAGCCCGUGCUGGAGAAGCUCGCCACAGACACCGACAUGGACGUCAAGUACUUUGCCCAGGAGGCUAUCAGUGUUCUGGCCCUCGCAUAACCGACCCAACGCGGACAAAGCAGACAACCACCCAAGACGGCAACGCAAACACUUUCACAAGAUAUUUAUUGAUGUUCAGAAACAACUGGUAAAUGUAUAGAGAAAACUUAACAAUAGUUUUUACCCAUCUGUCUUUAGUUCUGUCCAGUAACCAAGUCCUCCCCCGGCACAGGCAUCUUUGUUAACCUUUGCUGUUAAUUGGUAAAGUGUGAUGAAAUAGCAUUAGGUGGUGCAUGGUGACCGGAUUGCUAUCCAGAGCCCCUCAUCUCAUUCCUCCCCUUUAUGUCCUCUACCACUGGGGGGGUGAGGGGCUUCCGCCCCAGUUAUAGCAGCUCACCACAUGUCUGUUUGCUAGCUAGCGCCCCGUACUGCUGCGAUUUCUCUCGAUGCUAGGUGCAAAAUCUAAAUAGCAGAUGGUGGAGCGGGCGGUUUGUUUAGCCCAGAAAGUUGUCUUUUCUCUGAGAUGCUGAAAGGUCUGAGCAGGUCUACUCUGCUUUUUCCUCUUCGGCCAGACCAAACCUGUUUCUUAAAUGGUUCUCAGGAUUGUCCUGUAGAGCGAAAUAACGAGGCGUCCAUUACUGCAUGUAAUCUGAGGAAUGAUUGCAUGUGCUAAUCGAUCUCCCAACUCGCAUCCUCCAGACUUUUUGGGAAGUCAAACCAAGGAAUAAACUCUGCACACUGUAAUGAGCCCUUUCCACAGCAGCCACUUAGAUGUGUCCUAGCAAGGUGAACACAGGUGUAAUAGAUUCUGGUCUCAUUCUAUUCCGUUUCAGUUAUUCCAGGGUGACAGCCUCCCUAGACGGGGCACCUUAAAAGUAGCAUAGCCUACAGUCACCUUAGAAAUGACACCUGAUUAGCCUGCAGCUGUGAAACGGGCCUAUGGGGACCAGCCACGUCAUCAAGUGUUGCUCGUUAUUAUCCCUCCAGAUCCGCGUGCUAGGGUGGGAAUUAGUUGUCAGUUUUGAUUUUCUUCACUAUGUCCUCUGCGUUGCUCUUAAUCUUUGUGCCAAUAUGACUUUGAUAAGCCGCUGGGGUUCCUGUAAUACGCCGUGCUAAUUCGUAUUCACCGCUCCUUUUCAGUGAAGAGACCAUGUUCUUUUUGUUAAAGGGACGCAUUGUUCCUCGGCCGUUAAUGGGGCCGUAAAAUUAAGUAGACCAGCUCUGAGGGCCGCGGACGUCUUCCUGUCCGACAGCUGUCAAGGGUCCCCUUAAAUCCACCUCAGGCCUCCACUGGGAAUGAGAUUUGGGAGCAGAAGGUCGGCGACUAAACGGCCACCUGAGGACUCUUCCAAAUCUGUACACGAUGGAGAACAAAUGCAUGUGUUAAAGGAAGUGGGAUCGGGGUCUACAUGUUUUACUUUGGGUUGCUUGUGGGCCGGUUGAAUAAAUGUAUCUUCUGUGUUGAUAAAAUAAACUUGUCUUUCCCUGAACAACUCCUGCUGUUUGCCUCCCCUCCCCAUUUUGUUCUUGAAUAAACCUCUUGAUUAUUUGUCAUGCAUCGCAAAGAUUGUUUUUAUUUUGAAAUCUCUCGACAAUUGGUAUUCUGUACUACUGUAUCUUUAAAGAUCUGAAUAAAGUAACAAAGGAACCA